UUCUGGCUUUGUUACGCCCGGGAAGCCAUUUUGGAAAUCAGCUUGUUGUGCACUAGCAUAAUGCUCUGUCGCCACUUGCAAACUUUGGUAUCUUUCUGUAAGAAAACAACGUGAAGGAUUUGUGGGUCCGCAGCAAUAAAUAACCCUUUGGGGUUUCGUGCGUCGGGAUGCUGGCGGAAGUUUGCGCAUGUUCCCUGAUUGUGUGUGGAUCUUAUUCCUUUGGAUUACGCUCUUAAAGAAUAACAACAUACAUGGAGCCUAACCGCGCGGUCUAAACAAAGAAGAAUGAACAUGGAUUUUUCCCAGCUGCACACAUACACGCCACCACAGUGUGCUCCAGAGAACACCGGCUAUACUUACUCUCUCAGCUCCAGUUACUCCACAGCAGCAUUAGAGUUUGAGAAGGAGCACCAGAUAGCUCCUGUGUACGAGUCGCCCAGGAUGUCACGACGGAGCCUGCGUCUGCAGACCAGUGCCGGUCACUAUGGCAACGAGAGCCUGGCUGAUUACUCCCAGAACCGCAGCAGCAGCUACACCAGCACCAGGAGAGAGACACGAACGCUGCGGAGCAGAAAGCAACAGUCCAGUUCCAACUCCCUGUCUUUAUCCCUGAGCCAAGCCGCCACACCGAAGAAAACCCUCAGCUUCUCAGCUGCUAAUACCCCGAUUAACAGCAGCAGCAACUUUCAGCAAAGCAGCACGGCGUCUGAUGCCUCUGAGCUCACGGCCUUCCUGGACGAGCCACAUCUGAGGCAACGCACCAUCACUACCACCACAACAACCACUUCUGUGGACGGACACUGGGGCCAGAGUUCCAGCCACAGUUUAUCAAGUGUCAACGGCGAUGCCAGUACAUCGAAGUCCCACACCACGCUCUCUAAUGGCUUCAUCUGCAGAGACUGCUCUUUACACUCUCAGAAGAUGGACUCCUUUGUCACACGCUCUUCAUCAUCAUUAUCGUCGUCAUCUCAAGCUGCAGAAACCUCCACUGAUGCCCUCUCCUCCUCCUCCUCACCUUUCACCAGUAUUUACAGCAGAGACAGGAGUCGAAGGAACAAGACAGGUGUCCUGGCUUCUAUGUCUAACACGUGUAUACGCUACAGCAAACAAGCCUUGGCCCCCAUAAUGUCCUUAGUCACCCUGCUCUUCAACAGUGUGGUCUCGCUGCGUUCAAGGGCCAAGAGCCCAACAGGAAAAGGUGCCUUGACAUCGCUUUCAGACUCGGUGAGACAAGCGGCGUCCUCAAGCUUAUCCCAACUGUGGCUAUUAAAGCAGACCACUCUCCACAGGAUGAUGGGCCAUGGGGCUAAUGGAUAUGAAGGACAAGCUCACUCAAGUUUCUGUGGAAGCAUGAAUGUGAAGGAUCUGGUUACUGAAGAUGCAUCACAUCUUAAUCUCAAUGGCUCUCUGUGCGAUGACUGUAAAGGGAAGCAGGUCUCGGAGACACACACCGUCCUCCUCAAACAGUCCUCCAGGCCCCGCCGCCUGGCGGGGUCACUGUGGAGCAUCCUAGUUUAUGCAGGUCACUGCCUCCUUCAGCCCGGUUACUGUGUGGUGAGAGCAGGCAAAGCUUUAGGUUCAGGCGUUGGGACAGCAACACAAAGGUUCCUCUCAGUGUUCUGGAUGCUCCUGGCAGCUCCAGUGAAGGCAGGCAGAGGACUUCUGUGGUUUCUUGCAACAGGAUGGUAUCAGCUGGUGUCUCUCAUGUCUGUCCUCAAUGUCUUCUUUCUGACCCGAUGUCUUCCUAAACUCUGGAAGCUCCUGUUGUUGCUUUUGCUCCUUUUGCUCCUCCUUGCUUUGUGGUUUUGGGGCCCGUCCGCUGCUGCCCUGCUUGCCUACCUACCAGCCAUAAACCUAACAGAGUGGCGUCCUGCGUCUCCCUUCACCCUCUUGUCUAACUUGGUACCAGUUCCUGCUUCUGUCCCUGCACCAGAGACUCCACUGGAGCAGACCCCAGCCACCCCAAUCUCACAGGCACCACCAGUCCUUCCUCCUGUGGCAGUCUCUGAUGUAGAUUUGGAGCGUUUCGAACGUGUGGAGCGCCAGCUGGCCCUGUUGUGGGAACAAGUCCAGCAGGGUGACCGGAAGCAGGAGCAGCGCCAUGGGGACAUUUUGGGUCUCUACAGCACCCUGAGGGAGCAGCUCCAUGCACAGACCGACAGGGAGAGCCUGGGACUGUGGGUCUCCUCCCUGCUGGACCAGAGAAUCGGUGUCCUGCGAGGAGAGCUGGAGCAAGAGAAUACACAGAUAGCACAGAAUGCAGUGCUGCAAAAACAGCACCAAGAGAGUCAGGCAGCACGACUGGCUGAUUUAGAAUUACUGCUCAAAGCUCUGUCUGCCAAGACUGAGGAGGUGCAGCAGAAGCAGCAGCAGUACGAACAUGAAAAGGAGAAAAGAGAGAGCGAGGCUGUCACUUCAGCAGCAGAAACGGCUCCUGUGAGUGUGGGGGUGAAGCAGGAGGACCACGAUGCACUGCUAACAGAGGUGCAGAGACUUGAGGUAGAACUGAGUAAAAUCAGACAGGACCUGCAGGGCGUUGCAGGAUGCAAGGGCAAAUGUGAGCAGCUGGACACUCUGCAAGAAACAAUAUCAGCCCAGGUGUCCUCUCAGUUGCGUAAGGAGUUGCAGGCUCUGUUCUUUGGCGGUGGUGCGUCCGGAAAGGAGCAGGGCGAGGUUCCCGAGUCUCUGAUCCACUGGCUGUCCCAGCGCUACGUGAGCACACCUGACCUGCAGGCUUCCCUGGCCUCACUGGAGCUUCGCAUCCUGAGAAACAUAUCCCAGCAGCUGGAGGUCAACCAGGCCCAGACAGUGAGUGAGGCGGAGUCCAGAGCCAAGACCGUUCUUCAGACAGUAACUGGAACUGUUCAGCACACUUCUGCUGCUGAGGGACUGACAGAAGAGCAUGUGAAGCUGAUUGUCCAGAAUGCUCUGAAGCUCUACUCCCAGGAUCGGACAGGCCAGGUCGACUAUGCCCUGGAGUCUGGAGGCGGCAGCAUCCUCAGCACCCGCUGCUCUGAGACAUACGAGACCAAGACGGCCCUCAUGAGUCUGUUUGGCCUGCCGCUCUGGUACUUCUCCCAGUCUCCCCGUGUCGUCAUCCAGCCUGAUGUGUAUCCAGGAAACUGCUGGGCGUUUAAAGGCUCUCAGGGCUAUCUGGUGAUCCGGCUAUCCCUGAGGGUCCUGCCCACAUCCUUUGCUGUGGAGCACAUCCCCAAGACCCUCUCGCCAACCGGAAACAUCACCAGCGCCCCACGCAACUUCACUGUCUUUGGUCUAGACGAUGAAUACCAAGAAGAGGGAAAGCUGCUGGGGCACUACACAUACCAGGAAGAUGGGGAGUCACUGCAGCUCUUCCCCGUUACGGAGAAGAACGACAGGGCCUUCCAGAUCAUCGAAGUGAGGGUGUUGUCCAACUGGGGCCACCCAGAAUACACCUGCCUGUACCGCUUCAGAGUCCACGGAGAACCUAGACCUCAGUGAACCAACUAACCAACCGCCACCGCUAUACUUGCUCAUAUAUGAUAUGCCACCCCAUCUGUACAUAGCUCUCACCAACUUCUUUAAAACUGGAGGGACUCAGCAGGAGUUUAUGGAUGUUUUUGUAUGAAAAGCAAAGAAGAUGUGGAUUGUUUAAAGCAACGUGCCCAGACUGAGUCAUGAAAGUGCUUUUGUGUUAUUGAAAGAACCACAGGAACGUGAGGAUCGGGACUGUUAAAGAUUGAAAGAAUUUGAACCACAGAAGAAGCUAAGUCUCUCUACUACCCUUUUCAAGGCCUCUUGCACUGAAUCAGCCCCCUGAGGGCACCAAGGCUCGCAUGAGCCAACAAACACCCCCCCACCCCCCUUUGGCACCUUCUACGGGAUGGUGGACACUUGAAAUGGGGAGGCGGGAGUUACAGACUCAUCUCCACCAAUUCUUCACACACUGUAUUUCAGUCUGAUUUUUGUUCUUGAUCAUCUAAGUUUAACUUUGGUUUAUUUUUAACGUUUCACAGUAGCGUCUACUAUUUUCAGGAUCAAGACCACUGCACCUUUUUCCUGAGAUGCCAUCCAGGCACCUCACUUGCUUUUGUUGCUGUCAAGUCUCCACAGUGACUCCUACAGAACUGUUCGGGCAGCCUGCAGGUCCACACUCGACAUGUUAGAUCCACUCCACUCUAAGCUUGGCUUCAUGCUGCCAUAUAGCCAUAACUAAGACUUUUAUUUUGGAACUGAACAUGCUACCUAUGGAGAAGCUUUGAAUGUUUUCUCAAGUGGAGGCUUUGAUGCAAGUUUUCCUUUAACUACACAGCAACACUAUAAAACCACUGACCUGAGCUCUGUGUGACUAAAGUAUUAGGAGGAUCCUCACUAUAUGUCUGAUCUGAAACUACCAUUUAAUGUUGAACUACUCCUGUCAAUAAGAGUUUGCUGUUUCAGUCUCCCUCUAGCUCAGUUAAACAUCCUCCUCACAUGAGCUCCCGCUAUUCUGAAAACCCUGAAGGAAUGUAAUCUGUAUAUUUUACUGUUGAUAGCUGAUCCGCUGAUACUUUAUAAUAUCUCCUUUUAUCAGUGUUGCUUUAUAAAAAAAAACAAAAAAAUCCUGUCAUUAUUAUUAUUGUAUUACUAUUAUUUCUUCUGUUACUUGUGGUGUUUUACUUCUUUCUUCAUUUGAUUUUUGGGGAUGUUAAUUUUAGAGGAUGCACUGCAAGAUCUUGUUAGACAAAUGUUUAUGGCACGGGUUUUCACAAUAUUUUUUAAAAUUGGGGUUUGUCAUCAACUUUUGGUUCAAAAUAUGGGCAAGUCUAAAAUGUUAUGUGUAAAAGCAAAAUUUUUCACACCUAUUUAUUAACAAGUCAACUAGUGGCUGCAAGGUAUGAGUUACUGCAAUGUAUAUUUUGUUAAAAGCUGUUCAGUGCAUUUUGGAACCAUCUUAGGUUUUUUUUUUUGUUGUUUUUUUAAAGAUAAAUGGCUAUUUUUGUUCAGUCAUGAGAUGACUUAACUGCUUUGGAAUAUAUUCCAAUAAAGACUUUAAUUUUGAAGAAAUAAAAACAUCAUGGCUAAAAAUUA